AUGGAAAUGCAUAAUUUGAGUAACUCUGUAGUAACAGAGUUUACUUUUGUUGGUUUUCCACAGCUUCAUAAUUAUUACAUUCUGUUCUUCAUUAUGUUUUUGUUUGUUUACUUGAUCCUAAUUAUUGGUAACAGCCUGAUUCUUGUAGCAGCAAUAACCAACAGAAAAUUGCAUACACCAAUGUACUUUUUUCUUUGCAAUCUUGCGAUUACUGACAUAUUUUUUACAACAACUACUAUACCAAAAAUGUUAGCUCUGUUUGUUGUGGAUUCUAAAAUUAUUUAUUUUCAUUUCUGUUUUGUACAAUUGUGCUUUCUGCAUAGUUUGGGAUCUGGUGAAGCUUUUCUACUUGUAGUUAUGGCAUAUGAUCGCUAUGUUGCUAUUUGCAACCCAAUGCAUUAUAGAAAUAUUAUGACCAAUAAGGUUAACAUUUUAUUGGCUGCAGUCACUUGGAUUUUACCAUUCAUUAUUAUCAUUCCAGUUACAGUUUUGGCAGCACAAUUACCAUUCUGUGGGCCAAAUGAAAUUCAUCACUGUUUCUGUGAACAUGUAUAUGUCAUUAAAUUAGCUUGCACAGAUAUCACUGCACAUGUUUAUCUUGGGUUCUCUUGUGCUAUGAUUGUAUCGUUUCUUCCUUUAUUUCUUGUUAUUUUCUCAUAUAUUAAAAUACUUAUUGCUGUGUUUCAGAUUGGCUCAACAGAAGAACGCAUCAAAGCUUUGUCAACAUGUAGUUCUCAUAUCAUGGUAGUCUUAAUUUAUUAUGUUUCAAGUAUUGUGGCAUAUGUUACAUACCAGACAGACAAUAUUUCUGAUGAUUUUCAUGUUAUUGGCACAAUUUGCUUUACAAUAUUAACUCCAACACUGAAUCCUCUAAUUUAUACUUUAAGAAACAGAGAAGUAAAAGAAACAGUUAUAAAGCUUAUAAACAAUAUUUAUAUGCUAUAG